AUGAUGGACAUAAAUGCUAAAGGACGGAAUAGCUGCACACCAGUUAUGCAUGCAGCCUGGGCAGGACAGAAGAAUGUCUUCAGCCUCCUUGUGUCACAAAGUGUUGAGAAAGAACUGCUGGAUCUCUCCAGGAACAAUUUACUGCAUCUUGCUUGUCAGGGAGGAAACACGUCCAUCAUAAAGUACCUCCUGCCUCUGUUUGACAUCAACAGUCCGGGAGAAGAUGGAUGGACGCCAAUAAUGAUGGCAGCUCUCAGUGGAAAGAUGGAGGCUUAUGAAUUGAUUGUAACAAAUGGUGGUAUUCCAUCUUUGACUACUCCACAGAAUGAUAAUGUUCUUCAUGCAGCUUGUCAAGGAGGGAACAAAUCCAUUGUUAGGAAGGUCAUUGACAACUUUGGCAUCAACACAAGGGGUAAGAAUGGUUGCACGCCUCUGAUGAGAGCUGUUGUUGGAGGUCAUAUGAGUCUGGUGAAGUUCCUGAUGUCCCGAGAUGCUGACCAUACACUGGUGGACAAGGAUGGACUCACUCUUCUACAUCUUGCGUGCAAAUUCGGUCACCUUGACAUUGUGAAGCAUAUAUCAGACAAGUUCAAUAUUGAUGUUCAAGACAAAGGUGGCUUAUCAUGUAUCAUGACAUCAGUGUUACAUGGUAAAGUUGCAGUGUUUGACUACCUGAGAAGUAGAGGUGCUGAUCUGACACUGGUUGACAGUACAGGGGAUGACGCCUUGAACAUUGCCCUUAAAGUGGACUGCAGACAAAUCAUAGAAACACUUACAUCAGGUGGUGAGUCAAAGAGGAAUGUCAAGCCAUUGAAUGACAUAAUGAGGUCAAUAAUGAGGGCUGAUGUGUACUAUCUGACUAUGUACAAGCCAGACAGAGCUUAA